GGCAUGGAGGCGAAGACUAUUGUAGCCAUAGUCCUUGGCGUGAUGUUUGUGAUGGUACUAAUUGGAUUCCUUACUGUUUUAGCCUUGUAUCUGAAAGAUAAAGAUGAACACUCAGAAAAUGUUGCAAAAGCUAGGCUAGAUGGUUAUAACCAAGGUCAGAAGAGAACUGUGCAACUAUUUUGCAGAGGGAACACAAUAUGUGAGAAGUGUUUUGAACAAAAAUCUCCUGAAGCUUGUAAUAACAAUGGUGAUUGUGAGUGGCAUUCGGCUUCUGGUCCAGCGUUGAGUUAUUGUAUCGUGGACUAGACUCAAUGAGUGCCAGUCUAAUUGAAAUUACAUAAAACAGAUGUCGA